CAGCUGAUGACGGUAAAUAAUGUCAAAGCAGGAAGUGUGUCUGGAGCGAGCUGAAACAUGAGGAAAACAACUCUUUACGUACACUGUUAUUGUAGCAAAAACGACAGAGUUUGACGACAAGGAAUUCCACUGUCUGGAAGACAAUUGAAGAUGGACGAAAGUGACAAAAUAUUUGAUGAUAUAAAAGGAGUCCCAGUCUGUCGAGCUAACCAUGUGGAAACAGGUCGACCGUGGGGGAAGCUUAUUAAAGUGGACACCAGUGAUGAAGUUCUGCUGAUCAACAGGGAGAACACAGUUGGCCGUAAAAGAGGCUGUGAUCUGUCAUUUCCAUCAAAUAAGCUGGUGUCAGGCGAGCACUGCAAGAUAGCUCUUGACGAAAGCUCAGGUUUAGUUUGGCUUGAAGACACAAGCACUAAUGGCACUGUGAUCAACAUGUCAAAACUGGUUAGAAAACAAACCCAUGUUCUGCAACAUGGAGAUAUCAUCCACUUUGUGUACAGAAAAAGUGAACCACAAGAAAAUGUUGCGUAUGCCUUUCACUUAAUUAAUUCAGAGCAAGAAGCUUCCCACAAUACAUCUGAUCUCUCAGCUCCUGUCCCACACUCCGACGUGACCCUCUCUGUUCCACCUGUGUUACUCACAAAACCUCCACAGGGUUUGACCCAAGAAGAGCAACUGCCUUCUACCUCCACGUCUCAGUACUGCAUCAGGAGCACUGCAUCUGUGCAGGGUUCAACCUCCCACACCGGCACUGGUCAACAAAAGGAGGACCCUGUCUCAGCACAAGAUAAUAACAAUGACCACUUGGAGCCUGAAUGCAAAAGGAGGAAAACUAAUCAUGGCUCACUGCAAAGGGCUGAAGUAUCAGGACCAAGCACACAAGGGAAUGCUGAUGUUGGGUCUAAACCACAAGCACAAGCAAAGAAGACUGAUAUAAUGGAAGAAUCACUGACUUGUAUUAUUUGCCAAGACAUAUUAUACGACUGUAUUAGUUUACAGCCUUGUAUGCACACAUUUUGUGCUGCCUGCUACUCGGGUUGGAUGGAGCGUUCUUCUCUUUGCCCCACCUGUCGCUGUCCUGUGGAGAGGAUCUGCAAAAACCACAUCCUCAACAAUUUGGUGGAAGCAUACCUCAGUCAGCACCCAGAGAAGAACCGCAGUGAAGAGGACCUAAAAAGCAUGGACAGUCGUAAUAAGAUUACUCAGGACAUGUGGCAGCCCAAAGUGGAGCGCUCUUUUUCUGAUGAGGAGGGCAGCUCAGAUUACCUUUAUGAUUUUUCUGACAAUGACAGUGAUUCUUCAGAUAACAGCCAGCCUUUAGUGAUGUGCAGACAGUGUCCUGGAUACAGGAGUGAGGUCAGUCAGGUGCUGCUGACCCCAGGUUCCAGCUACUGGCUCCCAGGUUUGUCUGUUCCACUCACUCCUUUGCCCUUACCCACUGUGCCCAAGCCCCCUCUCCAGGAAGGGCUGACAAAUAGUAGCUGUGAGCAGCCCUCUACAUCUGCUGAUGCGUCAUCAGAUCCUGUGGCUUCUCAGCAGUAUUCCUGUCCCCCUUAUGCCUCACAUCUGAUCUGUACCUGCUGCCUCCAGCCAAUGCCAGAUAGGCAAAAUACACAAAACCAACAGAAGUUGUUUGCUCAGCAAUGUUCCAUUUGUCUGCGCUACUUUUGUCACAUGUACUGGGGGUGUCCGAGGGUUGGCUGUCAGGGCUGCCUGGCCCGAUUCAGUGAUCUGAAUCUGACAGAUAAAUCUUUGGAUGGUGUACUGAACAACAAUAAUUAUGAAUCAGAAGUACUUCAGAAUUACCUGUCUGUAAGAGGAAAGACAUGGAGAGAUGUGCUGCAGGAGUCUCUGCAGGGUCUGCAGCAGGGCAGCUACACUCUGACAGAUCGACGGAUCUCUGCGAACACUGUAAUAUGCUACUGCUGUGGUCUGCGUACCUUCAAGGAGCUGGCCUACAAGUACAGACAAAACAUCCCUCAAUCUGAUCUCCCCGCUGCUGUAACGUCUCGCCCUGAUUGUUACUGGGGUCGUAACUGCCGUACGCAGGUGAAAGCUCAUCAUGCAAUGAAAUUUAACCACAUUUGUGAGCAGACACGAUUUAAAAACUGAAGGAGUUCAAUGUCUUCCAUUAUUACUUUGAUGUUGUAUGUUAUGCAAUGAUUUUAUUGUGUUCUUACUUUUGAGUAGUUAGUCUUAUGUCAUGCAAAACCUUAUGCAGCUACAAUCAGUGCUCAUUUGUAACUCACUUUGAAUGUCUAUUGUUUUAUUUGACAUUGGGUUGUAUAGAAUAUUUCUACGCACAAAAAUGUAAACUUUAUUUGUUAAACAUCUGCACAUCAGCCUUGUUCAGGUAGCGUCAGUUUUGACUAAAACUACCUCCUUUAAGAGUUUUAAAACACUGUAUCAAAAUUUGUCCUUCAUCCUUAAAAUCUGAUAGCCUAUACAGGUGGUUUUCUGGGAUAAUUCUAAGAGCAUUGCUAAUCAUAUUUUAAUAUGAUAUUGUAGGAAGAUUAUUUUUUCCAAUAGAUGUGUUAUUAUAAUUAAAAUGAUAAUUAUUCCUCAUUGGUGAACAAGCAGUAACAUUCAUGUUAUCUUUUUGCAUAAAAAAUGCAAAUGAACAUGCAGUGCUUUAAAUUAAGUGCUUAGAGGACUGGUAGGGAUGCGAGUGCAUCACUGGGUCAAAAAUUGUGUAAAAAACGGAUUCUUCUGCCUACCAGUACAGCUCUUUUUAAGGCAAGUUUCUUUAAAUAACACUUUUUUCAGUUUGUCAGUGUAUAUCCUCAAUUAAUUCUAGUUUAUCAGACCAUUUCCUUCAGACUGAAAAUUACUGUCUUAGUUAAAACGUCUCGAUUUCAUGAUAGCUUUUUUUUUCAGUUAUGUGAUCCUGCUGAAAAAAAAUCUUCAGUUUCCUUAGUUUUUCCAGGGCAUUACUGUGUUCCCAUGCAGGAGCAAAAAGCAAUGUCAAAGCCUAUACAUACUCAAGUAGAUUCAUAAUCCCAUGUGAUGUUUGUAAAGGAUUUCAUGUCUGCAGGAAGGGGACCACUGUGUGGUAAUGCUGUAAGAGGGAAUGGGGCCUCUGUUAUAUUCUUUACUCUGGAUAAUCAUCUUCAAGGUGAUUAAAGAAGUGUUAAGGGAACACUUUCUCAGAAAACUCAUGGUUAAGUAGGCACAGUUGUGACGCAAAGCACUGACUCCCUGUGGCCUCUGGGGAUCAGUUGACAGUAUUGACUUGUUUGAAUGCUGCUACACAUCUCUUUUUAAAGGUAAUAACUCUUUAGCAGAAUUGUCAUCCAUAUCUUGAUUUUACACUUGUGGGACUGAUCAUUUGGUCCUUUGACAUAGAAAAAUGCAUUUUGAAGAGCCAUACAUACAACUUAGACUAUCAUCAAGUGUCAGACAAGAAAUAUGUACGAUCAGCCUUGAAACGCUGGCAUUAUUUUCAUAAUGUCAUAUAUUUCCUUAUUUUAUUCAUCUUAGUAUUUUUUUUUUUUUUUUAAAUUACAUUUUUGUUUAAUGUUAGAGGGUAUGGGAAUAAUUGCAAGUGAUUUGUAGCAAACCGGCAGGAAAACCCACCUUUUUUUUAUUGUUUUUGGUCAAUAACAUAAGAAAUUAAAUCUUUAUUAGAAAUUUAGUAUGUAUAGUAUUUUGUUAGUAUAUUAGACAUUACUUUGAGGAGUUAACUUGAAGAUGUCCUUUCUAACUGGCCCUUCACUGCCCUGUCUCAAGUUGUAGUCGAAUUACAGAUUUGCAGUGUAAGCUCAAUCUAGGUUUUUCCCAUUCUAUCUUAGUGGGUCCACAGUGGCAUUCCUUAGCAGCUCAGGUCCAGAGCACAAGCCCGAGCCGAUCCCCUCAAUGUAGUGGCUCAGUUUUAAUGAUUCCCUACAGGAGGUCUGGGCACUAUAAGCCAACAACAGUCCCACGCCGCUCCAAUCAGGCACCAGGUCUAAAGAGGCUUUAUGCAUUCUCCCCAACGUGAGGGAAUAGGGUUCAUGUUGUAUACUAAAGCAAAUAUUUACUCUUAUUGUAUGCAUCCUGUGAAAAUAUGGAUGCCAUGAAAACUAUUCAAUCAAUGCACUAUUAAAUUGUUCAGAUGAUUAUGUUGUAGUUUAGGAAUAUGCAGACUUAUUUUUACUUGAUUUUGCAAAAAAAAAAUGUAUUUACCCAUUUUUUUCCCUCUUUAUAAAAGAAAUAAAAUAUUUGCCUGUGACUGA